GCUUACCUGUUGUGCAGCAGGCCAUUGCAGGAACCAGCUUCAGCACAGCCAGUAAGGCUGUCCAGGAAGGAGGAGGCGUCGCAAACAGAAUUCGGGAGGGGAAACGACAUCGGGCGUGUCGCGACACUGAAGAGGUCACUCAAGGUCGAUUGACAGGCGUACAUAUACAAUUAGGAGACGUUGACGUGCUUCGUUGCUUGUGACUGUGACGAACUUGCGUGACCCUCCUCAGGCGAGUCUGCCUAAGAAACGCGUGAAAACGAAAGUUAUCUGGCGUCCAAAUUUACGGCCUUGUAUGAUAGAUACUGUAACAAUGAUGGAGAGCUCGCUCUGAAGGGCAAGCGGCAUGCGUACUGCGUGACGCCAACCUUGCUCACCUUUGGUGGUAUGAUAGCUGAUGAGCGCGAAGGCCAGUCCUGCCCAGCAGCGAGGCCCGCCACGGCCGCGACGAACCGCGCAGCGCCGCACGCGCCAAUGCUACCGGCUGCGGCUGACUGCGACCGCCGGAAUGCUGUCGUAUGCGGCCCCCGGCUACACGGCCACCGUAUCUCACCUCUUGUAGAUUGCGCGGCCACGCCGAGUGACCACGCCCUCUGCAACGGUUUCAGCGCGCCGCCAAACCACACGUGCGCCGCAGCCGCCGGGGCACCUGCCGUAGCCGCGGGGCCUAUGUGUCCCGGCGGCUGCCCCGGCUGCAAGAACAAUCGUGCCAGCAUCAGCAGCAGGAGCAGGAGCCUGGCAGCAUCGCAUGGCCUCUCCCAGCCGGCCUCACAUGAUUGGGCUGUCGCCGCCGCGGCAGCGGCGGAGCCUGCCGCGCCGUCAGGCGGGCUCGCGUCACCGCACGCGCCUCACGCGGACACGUUUGUCCAACGUUUGAUGCCACCGGCCUCCUGCCCUGUAGAAUCUCGUGUGCACAUGGAUAGCGGCGGGAAUCGGCUGCCCGCGCCGGCGGCUCAGCGGCAGCAGCAGCAGCGACAGGAGGAAGCGCGGGCGCUGUGGGCGGGUCAGGCAGAUGACGCCGCCGGGCCGACCGCGCAGGCAGCGGGCUGCGGAGGGGAGCUUCGGGCGUGUAACGGCGCCGGCACUGCUACAGUCGCCAACGGGACGGAUGCCGGUACCACAGCAAGUUAUGACAGCGAGAUCCGUGCGACCCAAUCCGUCGCAGCGGCAGCGGCAGCCGCAACCGCCGCAACCUCGCAACCUGCAGGCGCAGCGGCUGAGGCCGCAACGGCCGCCAUCGCCGCGGCUGCCGCCGAUUCCGCCGCCGCCGCACCCUCUAUCUCUACCGCAGCCACUGAUACAGCCAUCCAUACAGCCGUCACCGCUGGCGGCAGCCGGCCCCACCACCACCUGAUCAGCAACACGGACCAGGACCCGGAGUCGCCCGCGGCCUCGGCGGCGGCGUUUGCGGCCUACUGCGCGGCGCUGCCGCCUGGUGUAAGCGCCUACCGACAGGUGCGACCGCUGGAGUAUGACGCCGAGGAGACGGCGGCUUACCUGCAGCAGGACAUUCCGGUGAGCAGCCAGUGUGUGGAGCGCAGCACGCGCGCCACGGCCACUGUGUCCUUCGACCAGCGCGGCGCCCGCCAGCCCCUCAGCAUGCGCCGCAUGGACUUCAUCCGCCUCACGCUGCUGUGGCUGCGGGCGGUGCUGCUGCAGCCACAGCUAAAGCCGGAGCAGCAGCCAAAGCUGCCGCAGCCACAGGCACAGGUGCGGCGGCAGGAAUAUCAUGGGGGCCCGCCAAAGGCAGAGCCAGCGGAAAGGCAGCAGGAGAAUGGGCAAACGGAACAGCGGCAGCAGCAGCCGCAGCAGCCGUCACAUGACCGCAACCAGGCGCCACGCGAGGCAGCUGCAUCAGAGCAGCAGCAGCAGCAGCAGCAGCAGCAGCAGCAGCAGCACCCGGACAGCGAACACGUGCAUUCAUCCCAUGCCCUGGCGCUCACGCCCUACGUGCCGCGCCAGGCGGCUGUAGCAGCAGCCAAGAAGCUCGCCAUGCAAAGCCACCACAGCCAUGCACACGGCGGCGGCGGCGGCGGCGCCGGCGCUGGUGCAUCUGUUGGCGGCGCCGGUGCGGGAGGCAGCGGCAGCCGCGGAAAGGCGACGUCCAAAAAGGCGGCUGCCGCUGCGGCUGCCGCCGCGGCUGCCGCCGCCUCCUGCGCACCGCCGCCGACACUGGACGAGUUGCGGCGGUCCACCGCGUCGGACGCGGCCGUGCUGGAGGCUGUAGCAGCCCUGGAAGCCGUGAUGGAGGCGGAGGCCGGCUGCAGCAGUAGCACUGGCAUGGGCAGUGGCGGCGGCGGCUGUAGCAGCGGUGAUUCGCCGCUGGCGGCACGCUACGAGCGAUGGCUGUUCCGGGAGCGGGCGGCGGCGGUGGACGGGGGGUACUACGCCAAGGACGGGAGGGUGGUGGAGGCGGGCAAUGAGAAGGUUCUGGACUUCCUGCAGCGGCUUGGGUCGGACUUCAUGGAGUGCCCUCCCGCUGCCGCAGCCACCGCAGCCGCAGCGGCCUCGCCCAGCAGCCAGCAGCACCAUCAGCAGCACCCAGCACACCAACAGCACGAACGGCACCAACAGCCGUGCCCAGCAGAGAACGCUGUUGGGGCGCCCACCGCCGCCCCCGCCUCAGCCCCCGCCCCAGCAGCCUCAGCCCCAGGCGCCGCAGACGCCCCAGACGCGUCGCGCUCAUGGCCUUCCGACGCCGCCUCCAUUCCCACUCUUGCACCCUCCGACCACGGGGCCGCCGCCGACGCCGACGCCUGCGAUGCGGCCUACUUCUGCGGCCUGCUGGCGGCGGACGUGCUGGCGCCCGCCUGCCGCGUGGCGGGCGGGCCGCUGGACGGCGUCACGGCCGGCACCGCCUGGAUGUACAGCGGCGGCCCCGCGCUGGCGGGCAUGCAUGUGGAGGACGGCUACAUGAGCUUCAUCAACCUCAACGCCUGGCUCAGCUUCGAUACCUCCCGGGUCACGAACACCGCCGACCUCGCCGCUUUCCGCUUCUUCGUCCGCCGCCUCACGCACCGCCGCUGGGCCUUCGCGCCCGCCGGCCGCGACGCCCUCGGUAUUCGGGCGGUGGUGCAACGAGUGGCAGAGGCGGCGGGCGCGCUGGGCCCGUCACGACGCACCAACGCCCACGCCGACGCCCAGGCGCAGGCGCCCGGACCGCCGCACACGCAGGCGCACGGACCUGUCGGGGCAACCACUGGGGCGGACAGGGCAGCGGCAGUGGGCGCGGCUGGUGGGGCCGCGCCUGACGGCGCUGCGGAGGGUGCGGCCGCCGGCAGCGCUGCCGCCGGCGCUGCCGCUGCUGGCGGCGGCCGCCAAGGUGAUGGCAGCAGUGCGCGGGCGGCAGGAGCUGGUGGCGGUGGUGGUGGGGCCGGAGCCGGAGUGGGGGGCGCCGGUGGCGCCGGUGGUGGGGCGGGGAGCGGCGGCACAAGCGGCACAGGCGGCGCCGGGGGCACAGGUGGCACAGGUGGCGCCGGGGGCACAGGGGGCGCCGGGGGCACAGGCAGCGGCGGGGGCUGGGUGGACACGCUGCUGACGUACCGCAAUGUGGUGGUGCGGCCGCGACACGUGGAGGGCGUGGAGCUGGUGCUGCAGCCGCCGGGGGUGCUGCUGGUGUCGGCACUGCCGCACUCGGUCACGGGCACCUCGGCGCUCAACGUGUCGUGGAACCUGGUGCCGCGGCCCGCCAUGGCCGCCGCCGUGGACACCGCGAUGGCCAUGGCGCGGCUUUAUCAGCAGGCUCCGCCCGAGGCGCGCAAGCAGCGCUCCAUGCAGCCGCAGUCGUGCAUGUUCGCCUCGCUGCUGUUCCGCUACGCCCUCACCGCCCAGCCGCCCGAGGCGGUGCACCCGGAGGUGCUGGCGCUGGCGCGGCGCAUGGCCGCGCUGGAGGCGGCGGAGAACCUGCUGCCGCGGCAGCAGCGGCGGCAGCAGCGGCAGCAGAAGGAGCCGCAGGAGAAGCGGCAGCGGCAGGAGGGGCAGCCGCAGCUGCAGCAACUGCAGCAGCAGGUGCAGCAGCAGCAGCAGCAGCAGCAGCAGCAGCAGCUGCAACAGCGGGUUGUGCCGGCAGUAGCAAUCGAGGCGGGCGGGUCACAGGCCUCCAACACGAGGACGAGCGCGGGUGGGAACGAGCGGGAUCCGUGCAACAAGCGGCCGGCCGAGGCCGAUUCGGGCCCGCCUGCUAAAAUGGUGUGCAAGCAGGCAGGAGAUGAGAUACGCGUUGCGCCCGCUCCUUCACAGUCGCUGCUGGCGCUGGCGCUGCCGAGGCCAGAGGGUGCCGAAGCACCGCAACAGCAAACGCCGCCUCAGCAAGAUGAAGAACAGAUGCAGCAGCAGAGGUGCCGGCUGCUGCAGCAGCGCUCGCUGGCAGCGGAGGAGGAUGAGCAGCAGCAGAGGCUGCAGCAGCACCACCACCACCAGCAGCAGCAGCAGCAGCGGCACCGCCUGCGGGAGGAGGCGGCGGAGCGGCAGCGGCUGCUGCUGCUGCAGCAGUGGCAGCAGCAGCUCUGGGAGGAGUUCCAUGACCUGCCACUGCCGCUGCCGCCGCCGCUGCAGCACCGGCUGCUGCAGCUCGACCCGGACGCGCAGUACUCGGCCCUGGCGGCGCUGCUACUGUCGCAGGAGCACCACCAUGUGGCCCGGCGGCCGGCGCUUACAGGCGGCCAGCACCACCCCGUCCUGCGGCUGCAGCCCACGCGGCUGGAUGAGUGGCAGCAGCUGCAGCGGCUGUCGCUUCUACACCAGCAGCAGCACCAGCAGCACCACCACCACCAGCACCAGCAUGGGGUGGAGCCUGGGCCGUUCCAGGUGGCGUCACAGGCGUCGUGGCCAUUGCAGGCGGCACUGGCGACACAUGCAGAACUGCAGACUGCUGCCCCUCACCUGGCAGCAGAGAGCUGGAGGCCGCAGGCGCAGCCACAGCAGCCGCAACCACGGCAGGCACAGGCGCAAGCCGAUGGGCAGUGGCCGGGUGCGGAGCGACGUCCGCCGCUGGUACUGAACCCGCCCAGCCUGCCGCCCCGCAGCGUGCCCCAACAGCCGCAACAGAGGCAGGCUGUGCCUGGAAUGCAGCAGGAAGGGCGGGCGCGGGCUCAGGCUCAGCUGCAGCAGGGUCAGGCGGCGCGGCAGGUGCAACAGCACGGCGGCACGGGUGUGGAGGAGCAGGCGCUGCCGGAGGCAACCAAGGCCUUGGCGCCAGCGGACUGCACAGUGGAAGCAGCGGCGAUGGGUUCAGCGCCAGCGCCAGCAGCAGAUGCAGAAACAGCCGCUCGCAUGCCGCCACCGCCUCCCACCGUCGAGGACACCGGCAUGCAGCCGCCGCCAUCACGGUCGCAGCCGCCGCUGCCGCCGCACCCGCAGCCAGCACCGUCGCAGCGGCUCCAGGCUGCGCCAUCAGAAGACGCCGACACGGAUCAGGGCCGCUCCGAGGAUGCAGAUCUUGACUGGGAGUUCGACCUUCUUGGAGAUCCUGAUCAGGACACCGCCGGCAACAACGUUACGGCAUCAGAUGAGGAGAUCUUUGCCGAGGCCCUGCCCGAGGAGAUCUGCAACCUGUCCUGCAACAGCAGCGGCGGCGGCUGCGGCCGGCCGUUGUACAUCGGCGGUUACAAGGCACGGCCGCCGGCGGCUAGCAAGCGCGGCGGCGGUCACGGCAGUGGUGGCGGCGGCGGUGGUCCGCACCGGCGGCUGGAGGUGUGGUGUGCGGCGUGUGCGGCGCGGUCCAGGUAUACGGUUCGUCGGGUGGUGCUACUGCCGCGGUCGGUGCUGAGGGAGCGUCUGUUGGGGCCGCCACGCCUUGGGGUUGCGGCGGCGGCGGCGGCGGCAACGGCUGAUGGUGGGGUGACGGGGGCAGGGCAGGAGGUCAGGCAGGGGGCGGAGGAGGAGGAGGAGAAGCGGGCUGUGGGGAACGCAGCGGCACCUGGUGGCAAGGCUGCAGUAGGCGACAAGAGGCAGCGAUAGGUACUGUGGUCAUCAAGAAGCAUUUGCAUUCAUAACAUUGGCGUGUGGUAGCCUUUUCUGAAAUGCAUGGUGGCAGUGUGGAUGUGUACAUGGGAUAAAUGGCUGGGAUAAGUGGCUGGCAGGUGGAGGCGAUGGCAAGUAUCGUAAUCUUUUCAAGGUAUUUAUGUAUUUCGGUGACAGCGCGCGCCGAAGCUAUCCAUUCGAUUGCUUUGUCACCGACUCGGCCGCCAGCAAUGGCGGUGUCAGGUAAUGAGGGGCGGUGUUUACAGGUCAUGCUACUGCUUAAACGUCCAUUUCACUCCAUUUCUACACGUAUUGCUUAACCGCGGUAACAAGACGCGAGAUUCUGCUUCCUGUGGCGUGUCAACACGGAUGUUGUUCGACGUCAGCAAAUGGUAUGACUUUUCCAUGCACGUGUGAGGGGAUGUCAAGGCAGGGAUGUGUGGUUUUUGCGAUAUGCGCGCGGUGCGCGGCGGGCUGAAGUUGAUUGCGGGAUGGGGUCUGGUCAACGCAGGUUGGGUCCGGCAAUCGUGUUUCCCUUCCCUGGGCCCAGGGCCCAUCGUGAUGGUCGGGCCAGGAGGGAGUGUUUGCGCCGUGUGGCCAGACUGGAAAGGACAACGGACGCUAUUGAUUUCGACUACGGACUAAGGAUAUAAUUGGAUAGGACGUCGAAUGAGACGGGACAGGACGUCCAGCAUUAUUGGACAGGACGGAGGUUGGAGGAUAGGACGCGAGACGAAGGGCCAUGGCAUGUAUGGCCCCGGCAUUGUUUGACGUACAGUACGGUAUAUGUCAAUCAAUUCGUGGUACUUCUUUCUGAACUUGCACGUUUUGCCGAGGUGGUGAACAAAAAAGGUGGCUCUCCCUCUCAAGGGAAAGUGGGCUGCGCCAACGCCACGAUGGUGCAAUGUCUGAGGCCGAAGGUUUCGAAACUACCUGUCCCGGACAGCCGGGGUCCUUUUGGAAACGGCCACAAUUUAACAGAAUGUUGUUAUUGUGUCACGAGAAUGGGAGCGCGACUUUGGAACGAGGUGUUUUUGGACGAGGUUGUUGAAGUCGUAGUGUGGUGAUGUGGGUUAUGCUUGGUCGUCCGGAAUGCGCCCAACAUGAUGCAGGACCUUUCGUCUUCCAGGGUUGCAGAAGCCGGAUUUGUUUGUGUCAGAGGAUGUUUGUAGUUUGACGACUGCGCAGUGAGCAGGGCUCAGGCUGGCUCAGGAGUUUGUGCGUGGACGCCCCCAGGGGGUCACCACCCAGUCGUGUGCUCAAGGCUCACGCCCGCCCGGGGCAGUGGGGCACUCGCCAACGCAUGCAAUGAGGCACACGUCUUACGGGGGGGUGUAUGUGCCCGGGCCCAAUGACAAAGUCUCGGGGGGUAACCAGGCACGGUGGUGUCUGGGCAGCCCGCGCAUGGUCGUGUGGCAACUUUGGAUGCCGCGCUUGCGCCCCGGCCCAAGACGUGUUGAGGCAGUCAUCGAAGUGCGAAGCAUUAAGAGCCAUUUCAGAUUCUAACUUCUCAAACAGAAUUCGAAGAAGGUGGCGGCUAUAGGCUUGUGGAGGCGGGUGCCCGUGGUGCCGGGGUGGGGAGAUGGGCGCGGUUUCGUGCAUCGUGGUUCUCGGCUUGUCAUUGUUGUCAAACAGCUGUGGCUUUGUGGCUUUCCUUCGAUCGUGUUUCCGGCGUGAGCUAAUAGCAGCCAGUGGUCUGUUGUUUUGGGCUGAGCCCCCUGAGCAAAGGGUCCAUGGGUGCGUGCCUGGUUGAGACCGUGGGGUUGUUAGUUGUGUGUGCUUGUGUGCGGGGGCAGGUUUCUGCGAGGCAGCGCCAGGCAGGGCGGCUGCCGGCAGACAAGCUGCGGCGGCCCAGUCGGGGCUGCUAGGUGGCCGCGUUUGGGCAGGCCAGCUUUUCCCCUAUCGUCAUUUGCGUGCUCCGACAUUACCACGAUUGCAGGACUCUUGGUUACCGGCGCUGUGUGUUGUGUAACCGGGUGUGAAGCUGUCAGUGCCGUGGCCUAGCCUCGUGGCCUAGCCUCCAGCACACGUAAAAUGACAGCCUUUCUCAAAGCGAACGCUGCGCGCUGGCGAGAGAGCGGCUGGAGGCAUUGUUUGUGGACAGCGGGCAGUAACUGGAUCGUGAGUGA